GUCAAGUUUCCUGACCAUCCGAGCCAAUCCACCGUGGGCGAAGGAGAGUAUUGAAGGACAGCAAAGGCAAUGUCAGCACACCGCAGUGUUUCGCCAGCGAUUCGCCUAGUUCGAGAUUUUCUGCUCGGAAGGCAUCCGAAUGGCCAACUAAGAUUCCCGGACGAGAUCUCCUCGCGGUCUCCACCUCCUCCAAAUCUGCCACCUGGUCCGGCAUGCAAGCUCUCCGGCAACUACUACUACACCAGGGACGCUAGGAGGGAGGUUGAUUACCCAAAACUCCUUUUUGACGGCACUAAACCGAUGGAGAAAAUCGAAGCGGGAGAAGGAGCCAAAGGUAAGCCCAAGCUUCCAGAACCUGGCAUCCGAUACCUGCCUUGAAGAGGGACCAAGCUCAUCUGCACCUACUGCUUCUGUAGAUAUAAUUAGGACAAUAAAAAAGUUCUUUCUAAAUUCA